ACUUGCUUUCCUUUCUGGUCCUCAGAUCCUUCACCAUGACCUACCACUUGCACCUUCAGCGCCGCAGUCCGUUGUCAUCGAUCGAGACCGUUCAGGUGAUCGACACCGAAUACAGCGCAGACACUGUGGAGUGGUGCCCGCUGGAGGGCUGGAGGAACCUGCUGGCCUGUGGCACUUACCAGCUGCAGACGUUGGAGCCCAAGGUCCAGAAGCCCGAAACCACCUUCCAAGAGGAAAAGCCCAAGGCUGAUAAGCAGGAGGAGCAGCAGGGAAAGACUGGAGUAGUGAACACAGAUGAAGUUAUGGAACCUCAGGUCCGUAUGGGUCGUCUUUACCUGUAUAGUUUCAAUAAGGAUUCCACUGAUACCCCUGUUACUGAAGUCCAGAGGAAAGAUGGUGCUGCUAUUCUGGAUAUGAAAUGGUCCCCAGUUCUAGUUGAUGGCCAUGUUAUCCUGGGAUUGGCAGAUGCUACAGGAUGCAUAGAGCUGCUUAAAGUGGUGGAAUUAGAGAAGAACCAUUACAAAUUAAAGUCACUUCUUAAGAAGACACUGGGAAAACAAUGUAUUGCAUUGUCUCUAGACUGGUCAUCAGGACAAAGUACAAGGACCACUAAUCAACCCUUAAGUAUGAUUGGUAGUGAUUCCAAGGGACACCUCCACUUCUUUGCUGUGGAUGAAUUAAAAACUUCACUACGUCGUAUAUCAGAUUGGAAGGCCCAUGACUUUGAAGCCUGGAUUGCUGCCUUUGAUUACUGGCAAACAAAUGUAGUCUAUUCAGGUGGAGAUGAUGGGCUUCUCAAAGGCUGGGACACCAGAAGCAACUUGAAUAAACCUUUGUUUACCAGUAAGAGACAUUCAAUGGGUGUGUGCAGUAUUCAGAGCAAUCCCCAUAAGGAGAAUAUUCUGGCUACAGGAAGUUAUGAUGAGCACAUUCUCUUAUGGGAUACCCGUAACAUGAAACAGCCAUUUGAUGAUACUCAUAUAAAUGGAGGUGUAUGGAGACUAAAGUGGCAUCCUGUCUAUCAUCACCUACUUUUGGCUGCAUGCAUGCAUAAUGGUUUUAAGAUCCUCAACUGCCAGCAACCUUUAGAGGAGAGGAAGGAGGCAUCCUUUAUUCCUGUGUCCUAUAUGUCACAUGGGUCAUUGGCAUAUGGAGCUGACUGGUCCAGGCUCUGUCUAUACACUGAUAAACAAAUUCAGCAUCAGUCUGAAGAUCAGAGCAACAGAAAUGUUGAUAUUUCGGGGAAUAUGAAUAUACCACAUUCAUCAUCUGCAUCCUCUUUUGAUACAUUAGUUAGUGAAACUGGGAAAGAUUUAGCUGGAGAAGCCACAGUUUCUGAUGGGAUCAUGCUGGAGACAUCAGCCUUUUUGGUCCCACUGGACCAGGGGUUUGGCCAUCUGUCAUCUGGGUUUAAGGGGACAAUUCCUACAGAGGAAUAUAAAAAUAUAACAAAAACUGUUGUCAACCUUUUAGCCACUUGUUCCUUUUAUGAUCAUUCCCUUCACCUCUGGAAGUGGGAAACAAGGUCAAUUGAAACAAGUUAAUAUGAGCAGUUUUCAAAUUGAUUUUAAAAGGACAGACAUUUCCACAAAUGAAUCUGAAAAUACUGGGUUCUUCAUUGUGAGGGAAUUAUAUAAGAAUUUCCUUAUUCCUUAUGAUAUUCCAAAUCUGUUUAAUUUUUUUAAAUGAAAUUUCUCUAUGUAGUGCUCAGCCACUUUUGGAAUAGCCAGGUAUAGUUAUGAGAAAGCUUCUUUUAAUGAAUGUCUACUGCUAGGCUUAUUGCAAGUCUAUUGAUUUUUUUCAUUGAGUGUUGCCCUUAAACUUAGUGUUCUUGCUAUUCAGAGUUGGCUAGGUAUUUCUGCUUUGACAGGUAUUUCAUAUGGAUCUUAGCUUUCAGAGUUCAGAGUUCCUAGAAUUGGUCUUUUCCACCUUUGAUACCUGUCAAUUAUCAAGACAAAUUCUUUGCUAAGCCAUUUUUAUAGCAGAAGACAUGAAGUGGAAAUUGUAUAUAGCAGCACAAUAAGUUGCUGCUUGUGGCUGUGUGAGACUAAAUACCUGAUUCUGGAGAAAAAUGAGCAUUCUAGAAAUGUCUUUUACAAAGAACUCUUUUAAAAUGUAGCCUUAGGUAGUGAUGACUGAAAUGUCUGUAGGAGAUAAGAUAUGUCCAUUCCAGGUCCAUUUGCUCAAAUUGUAAAGUUCCUUUAAAAUGAAAUGUUUUCCUCAGAAAAAAUCUUAAAAAACAAAUAAAGUUUCACACUCACAUCAUUAUAGAUUCUGACCAGCUUCCAAGUUUGUUUUCUGGUGGGUAAGUAGAACUGGCAUUUUUACCUCCUCUUUUACUUGGGGGAGGUGGGAAGCAGAGAACAUUUUCCCAUUUCUUUGUACUCUCAGUAGAAGAAUGUCUCUGGUUAAAUAGACAAGCCAGAAUCUGUGGGUGCCAUGACUAAGAGUAUAUUAUAUUAAUCCUU